AUGUCUCUGUCAAAUAAUGAAUUUGAAGAAAUAUUAAUUAGUAAUGACGAUGAUAGAGAUGGUGACGAUCAAGUGGAUGGUGGACAGUUGGGAACAAAUGAAUUUAUCAAUCAAAUGGAACAAGUAUUUAGAGCAAUUGAUAGAGAUUCAAGUGGUAUUAUAACAUUGGCACAAUUAAGAGAGGAGAUUGAAAGUUUGGGUGCCGAUGUGAUUGACAGUAACCCAUUGAUUGGACAAUUGUUGGAAUACUUAAAGAUUGUACAUUGUCAGUUGGAUGGUGGUGAAUUGGAGGUGGACGCAGACACUGAUAUGGAUUCGAUAAAGGAUGAAAACGUGUCGAUUGAUUUUGACAAUUUCGUAGAGAGUAUGACAAGGUUUAUGGAAGGUGUCAAUGCCAAUGAAUCACGUAGACUGUUGUUGGAAAAGAAUCGGUUACCAAAGUUCAAGGUACCGGUCGAUAUGCUCAAAAAAUACAAUAUCACACCCAAAGGAUCACCAUUGAUCCAGGGACAGUCAACAUCACAGUACAGUCAUCUCGCAUCACCAUCGAAAAACAAAUUCAACAAACUCUUUUCAACCAAACCAGUCAUUACAUUUGACCAAUUUGAAGAUUUGUUUACCAAACUCAACAAUGGCAAGACUAUACCCAAAAACAAACUAUUAAUGUUUGUCAAUGAUUUGCCAGUCGAUAAUGACGGUUCCAUUGAGAUUACAUCGUUUAUCGCUCGUUAUAGUGGUCUCAAUCAUCCAAUGAGUCCCAAGUUGUCUUUUGAAGAUUCAGAUCUUCCAACAUCCAAACAAGCCGAACCACAACGCGAAAAGUCAACAUUGGAAUGGAGUAAAAACUCGGCAAUCAUGGGUCAACUACAAGAAAACUACAAGACUCUUGAAAAGGAAUGUGAUACUUUUCAAUCGGAAAUUACGUUUCUCGAAAAGUCGAGGCAACAACUGGAAGCACAACUCAAGAAAAAAGAUCAAGAAAUUGAUCGUCUCAAAAAGGAUGCAAAGUUUGUCGAUGGUAUGCGUGAUUCAAACAAGGAUCUAACUGUACAAAACACCAAUCUCAAAACAACCAUUUCCAAAUUAAACCAAAAUGAUGCAGCCCUUCGAGACAAUAUGGAAAAUGAAAAGGAAAAGGCUCGUUCCCUUUCCGAACAAGUCGUCAUGAAGGAUUUGGAAAUUAAAAAAUUAAAUCAUCUCUUAAAAUCUCAACAAAAUAUUAAUAACAAACUGUCAAUGAUGGUUACAUUUAGUAAUGAAACAUUGGCAGAGCGCGAUAAAAAUGCAUCAUUUACAGAGAAAAGAAUUAAACCAACCAUUGACAAGGCAAAACAAUUAUUAUCAAAACAAAAAUCGGAAUUUUUUGAUCCUCCCAACACUAUGAAUAGAUCUGGAAGUGGAACACCAUCACCUCCCAUCCCAAUUCCAUCAACUCCAAAUCGUGAAGAUAGAGAUUUAUCAUCAUCCUCUCCAAAUUCUCCACCAAUCAUUUCUUCCUCACCAAUUAGUUUACAAAAAGAAUUUGAACAAUUACAACAAAAAGAAAAAGAAAAGGAAAAGGAAAAAGAAAAAGAAAAAGAAAAUGAUGAAGUUGAUCAAUUAAAAGAACAAUUAAAAUUAAUUAGUGGUGAAAUUCAAUUACCAGAAAUUAAUGAAGAGAAUAUUAAUAUUACAACGGAAAUUUCUUCGGCAAAUACAACCACUUCAAUGCAAUCACCAAUUGAAUCUACUAUAACAACAAAUAUUAAACCAACACUUUCAAGACAACAAUCAAGUCCAAAAAUGAAUAGUAAUAUGUUGACAUCAAGUCCACAAAUUUUAACUAGUCCACCAACACCUGUAACAAUGGUUAAUAAUUUACAACAAUCACCUCUAAGAAUUAGUCAACAACAACAAAGUGGUAAUUCUUUACAAUCUCCAAUUGGUUAUCAACAACAAACACCUGUAACAUCAUCACCAUCAAUAUAUCAUACUAUUUCACCAAGAUCCUCUUCUUCAAAACAACCCAUUUUUGAUCAAAUGUUUGUUAGUCCCAAUCAACAACAACACCAAUAUAGUAGUUUAGGAUAUUCAAAUCCAUAUAAUCAACAACAACAACAAAAUCAAGCAACAUUAUCACCAUUUGAUUUAUCAAAUGCAUUUUCACCAUUGACAACUUAUAAUAAUAAUACAUCAGGCAGCGGCAGUAUAAAAGGAAUGAAAAAAACAGAUUUGAUUAGAUUACAUACAAAUGAAUUGGAAGCACAAAAAGAAAGUACAUUGACUCUACUCGAUGAACAACAACAAGCAAUGACAGAUUUACAGAAAAACAAGGACCAAGAAAUACAACGUGUCCAGAAAAUGUACCACGAAGAAAAACAGGCAAACAAGUUUUUGGAAAAACAAUUGUCUACGCAACUAGAAAAAAAUAAGGAAUUGGUGGCUGGCAAGGAAAAGAAUUCUUGGGGAGGAAUGCAAGGUUUCUAUUCUUUUGUUUCUUACUUUUUACCUUCAACUUUAUUUUGUAAUGUUUCAAGUACUAGUUAG